UUCUACCAGAUACGUUAUUCCUCGACGGCUAGCCUGUCCUCCCGUGGGAGACUUUGCCCCGGCUUGUGUCUUGUAUCGAGGAGCGUGGGGGAGAUGGCCUGGGUGAGGAUGUGGGGUUGGUAACGAUUGACGGUUUAGCCACGAAGCCGGUUGUAUGUGUCACAACUCCAUUCAAGAUCUCGAGGAUCUUGACGAGGUGUCGAAGCCGGGGCUUGACGCGACUGCGACCGAGCAACUUCAGAAUCCACCCAGCAACGGUGGCUUCACCGAAAGCAAUGCGACGAGGACGACAACCUCAGCCAACAUAUUCGAUUGAGAUUUGAUCGAAAUCGAAUGACAAUGGUUGCUCGAAGACGUCUGCUCGAUUGGAAUAGCAGGCGCAACACGAGCAAGGAUGGGAUGACAGCGCUCGGAUAGCACACAGUUCCAUUCGCGACGUGCUUGGCACACAUGAUUGGAGCCAGUCGACUGCUUCUCCUCGUCAACGCUGCCGUCAUUUCGAUCGCCUAUGUGCAAUUCAACAACGAAAUCGCGCUCCACAUGGAAGACCAACAGGCCGACACACCAUGGCGAGCAAUGUACUCGCAAGCGCCGUCCGAGGUGAUCACGAUGGACGUGGAUGGCCGAGGCGGCUCAGGCUUCCUCGACACCUCGUCUACACCUGCGCUCACAGCCCUCGUUGCCCCACGAUGCAACCAGUUUCCCGUCGUCGACGGACCAUGUACCAUCCACGUCCUCUUUGCCCUGUCCAAGUGCCUCGAUACGUCCACGAUUCUCCUGUUUGCCGACUGGGUUCAAAAGCUCGCGACGGCGGAGCGAAAAUUCCUCACAGGCGGCAGGGCGUGCGACGUUACGUUCUCCACUGUUCUCCUUACGGCGUGCACGGAAGGCCCGCGAAGUGCCGCCACACGUUCGUCGUCGCUUUCGACCGCGGAGAUGGCAAGGUACUUUACGCCGUUUGGCAACGUGUACUGCUCCAUGGCCGAGCUCGGGUUGAAAGCGACAGUGCGCCCCGCGGCUGUCGUGAGCUUGUUCAGCGACAAGAUCUCGCACGAUGUCGUUUUGGCCUAUGAGGAAGAGCGUCGCGUCCGCACCGUCUUCAACUUCUUCGUGUGCCCGCCUGGAGUUGUGGGGCUGAAGUGCAAAACGAGCUACGCUGCGUUCGCAGACGACUCGACGUUCCUCGCACAGGACACCGACCUGCUAGCACACAAUCCGUUCAAAGCAGUGCAGAGUUUCCACUGCGCCAACGCACUCCCGAACGGCGUCCCCGUCGUGUACGUUGACCAAGUGGGUGCUCGGCAGUGCUUUUGCCAGUGUCCCAGUGGGUACGAAGAAUCGACCGUCAAUUCACAGCGCGUGUGCGUACCAACCCCCAAGGAGAACUGCGCGUGCUACUGGAGCGGUCGCAAGUAUUCGUUCGACAUCACGCGGGCCAGCGAUGGCCGCAGCAAUGCCAACUCGUGCCGCAUCUCGCGCUUGUAUCCCCAAACGAUCCCUCGCAUCCCAUACCCUCGGAGCAACUACGUGUCGGAGGCGCGUACGAACGACGGCGACGUCAACAUGGCCAAUAUCACGGACGGUUCGCCAUGGAUUCAAGUGUCGGUGGCUCAAGUGGCCGGCAGCUCCAGCGGCGUGAAAUCCCCCAUGGAAUCGUCGCAGCACUUUGCUUGGAGGUACUUUGUCACGCAUCGCGACACAAUUACAAACGACAUUGCCCUGUCAAGUCCUGGCGUGUACGCCAUCAAGAUGACGGCCAAGGGGUACCGCACCGCCGCUGACUGCGAAGUGUGUGUUGCAGUUGUGGACAAAUUUCGUCCUGUCAGCAAUGCCCAGUGCCCCAAGCCCAUGUGCGACCAAACCUCGUGCUUGGACUCCACGGCGGUCAUCAAGCCCACUGCGGUUGCAGAGUAUUCACCAAAAAACAUCGCUGCCGCGCAAGCGAUCCUCGAAUCGCACGUGGCGUACUCGACUGAGAAGAACGUUGUCAACGACGUGUGCGGGGGCAGCAGCGGCGGUCGGUGCGACGACAAGCGCUUCUCUCGUCGCGCCAUGUUCGAGGACGCAUAUGUAGACGACGCAAACUUUGAUCGCGGGCAGACGUGCUUCACCGACAAAGUCAAACCAAACGUCGUGGCGCGGCUGCAGCAAUCUCCGUUUGGGGGCGACUUGGCCUUGCUCAACGUUGCAAUGCCCGUGCCGCCUGGGCUGUGCACGAGGUGUUGCAAGUUGCAGACAAAGCUCAAAGAGUUUUGGCACAACUAUCAGUGCGGCAACUCGACGCCGCCUGCAAAGGUGUGCAGUGGCACCGACCCCGGCUGCGUGACGGAACAAUGUCUAGUUGGGCUCGGGUCGACAUUCUUUGUCGCGUCCGCCGCGAUCAAACCCGAAUACGAAGUGGCAACGAAAGAGCUUAUUGCACACGAGUUUCCAACCAAGGGGUACCAGAGCGAGACCGAGAUUCAUUUGCAGCUCGAAUGUUCGGCCUUUGGCCGCACGGACCAAGGCAAAUGCGGCCACGUCGCGCCGCUCCACGACCUCUUUACUGUGUCCAGCGCGUUGAACGAUCGGACGGUUCUCGUCGAGGACAAGCGGUACGUGUUCUGGCGCUUCCGCGUCGAUGGCAGCGACUGGCGCAGCUUUGACGACAAGGCGGCGGUUGGAUUCCACGCCGAGCACUCGGUCGUGGCCCUCGAAGCUUGGUCGCAGUGCGGUCUCGUCAAAAAAUUUGGAUUCCAUGUGUACCAGCAUCUGCAUCAACCGAUCGCCGUGAACGAAGACUUUGAUGGGAUGUGGUAUCAAUCGUCGAGCCGCCUUGACUCCACGGCCACGGGCGGGCUGUGCAACUACAUGCAGAGCGACUUUGCCGAACUCACCUUUGACUUCAAUCCCCUCGCUGGCCUCGUCGUGAACCAGACGCGAUUGCUGCCGUGGAUGUCCACAGGGGUCGCCUGUGACGUGCAAUAUGCAACCACGUUGGCGCCCGUGCUCCUCUUCGCGUCCAUCUCGCGGAAUACAUCCAUCCUUCGCCGGUUUAGUUUUCAAAUGCAAACGAUGCCGACGACGCGCGCCGACACAACUUUCGCCGUCACAUGCACGUUCUCGUACGCCAGCACGUACACGAACCGGACGCUCGCGCUCCCGGCCACCAAGACAUUUACAAUCAAAAACUGCGACAAGCCCGACUGGGACUGUCCGUUUGGGGCGUGUUCAGACAAGUGUGCGGCGGUGGGCACUCCCGCGCCGUUCGACGUGUGUGGGGGGCGCACCGUGUUUGUGUCUGCGUCAUCGGAGACGGUGGUUGCCGUUCCGAAGAAAACGUGCUGCACUACCUGUGGCCCAGCGCAGUGCCAGUCUGUGUUUGGCAAUGCAGUUGCCCUUCGUGAAGAAGAAGACGUGCUGCGAUGUGUCGUGCCAGAGGACGCCCUUGCGAAUUACACGGGCAAUGCGGACCUCCUAGCCAUGCACGGCCAGCCCGACGUCGUCAUGUCCGUAUCAACGUCGAUUGCUGCGUGCGUGCUACUCGUCCUAGGGGUUGUGCUGGUGGUUUGGGGACGUCAUGCGUCCGACCGCACCGUUGACGUCGAUAUGCUGACAGAUUACAGCGGAGCGUACUACCCGCUGCUGGACCGCUAA